AGUUGCACGCAGUCACUUGUAAAUGUUGUCACUUCACUUCAAGUGAAAUAAUACCGUGUGUGCUUCAUGAUAAUCGCCGCAUCCCUGUCUUCACCCGUCUCAGUCUCCUCGUGGGCGGGGCCUCUGCCGCGCGCGCACGUGAACCGCGGCGUCAUCCGCGUUCUGUUCGCUGAUUGGCUCUGGUCGGUGCGCGAGCCGUUGACACGAGAGGCGGCACUGACCAGUUAGCACGCGCCUGAAAACUACUUCGGUCCGACCUUAACCUGAGCAGACGAACAGAGCUUUAAAAUACCACACAGACGAGGAUCUGGGCGAGCGAUCGGAGCCGGCGGAAGUCAGAUUUUCUGCCAUGUCUGUCAAAUGGGAGGAUGUCCUGAAGGAUGUAAAUUUGAUCAAAAGCAUAGAGGAGAUAGCAAAAGAUGCAGCGCUUUUACACGGGGUGUUGAUGAGGACCAAAGAAACGCCGAACUCUCCUGAAGUGGCGAGUUAUGCGCCGUUCACCUUGUUUCCCACACCGGUGCCCACAGCGCUCUUUCAUCAGGCUCUGGCAGUACAGACACAUUUUAACCGGCUGGUGGACAAGGUCAGCCAGAAUCACAGCUUCCUAGAGGAAACUCUGGCCAGCACUAUUAAAGUUGACAAUUUCACCGCAAGACUUUUCAACAUAUACAAACAAGUUGAGCACGAGCAUCAUCCCCAGUCAAUAGUGCUGGGCUUGAAUCGCUCGGACUACAUGUUGGACCACAGUCCAGACGGCGGGAUGUCUUUGAAGCAGAUUGAAAUCAACACUAUUGCUGCCAGUUUCGGCGGUCUUGCUUCACGAACACCAGAUGUCCAUCGGCACAUUCUGAAGGUGGCAAACCUGCCGGAGGAGUGUAAUAAUGUGCUCGACAACAACCCAGCAGCAGGUCUGGCCAGAGGUUUGGCCAAAGCCUGGGAGCUCUACGGAUCGGAGAGGGCAGUGGUUAUGUUUCUGGUUGAGGACAUUCAGAGGAAUAUUUAUGACCAUCGAUAUGUUGAGAACGAGCUGUGGAAAAGAAAUAUUCCUGUAGUAAGAAGACAGUUUGAAGAUGUUUGCCGAACUGGCUUCCUGGACGAGAGCAAGAGGCUCUUUGUAGAUGGUCGUGAGGUCGCCAUCGUCUACUUCCGUGACGGAUACAUGCCUCAAAAUUACACCUCGGAGAAGAGCUGGGAUGCCCGUCUGAUGAUGGAGCGCUCUCUGGCUGUGAAGUGUCCAGACAUCAGGACCCAUCUCGCUGGGACUAAGAAGGUGCAGCAGGAAUUGGCCCGGCCAGGCGUCCUGGAAAGCUUCUUCCCUGACGAGCCUGAAACUGUUGCUCAGAUUCGGGCCACUUUCGCUGGACUGUACACCCUGGACAUGGGAGAAGAAGGUGAUAAAACCGUAGCAAUGGCUUUGGCCAAUCCAGACCUGUAUGUGCUGAAGCCCCAGAGGGAGGGAGGUGGUAACAACAUUUACGGCAGUGAGAUCUGUAAAGUGCUGGAGAACCUGAAGAACUCCACUGAGAGGACGGCUUACAUCCUGAUGGACAAGAUCCAGCCCGUCCCGGUUCAGAACUACCUGCUGAGGCCCGGAGCUGCUCUGAGACUGAACUCCUGUCUGAGUGAGCUGGGCGUGUUUGGAGCGUAUGUCAGGAAAGGCAAAGACAUGGUGUUGAAUGAGUGCGUGGGCCACCUGCUGAGGACCAAGAGCUCGGAGCAUGCUGAUGGAGGGGUAGCUGCAGGAGUAGCAGUACUGGACAACCCAGUGCUGGUGUGAACUAGAGCGCCACCUGCUGGACCGGAGCAGAUUGCCAUGCGGCUGACAGCAGGGGUUUAUCCUCCCUGUGAUCGAUCGGUUUCCUGCCUGGCAUCUGUUUUUAUCAAAGGUUUCGUGUGUUAAAUAUCUCCUACAGACGCAGUGAUCAGUGGGAAACACUUAUUAAGAACUUAUUUAAUGCACAUUUUUUUAUACCUCGUUCAAGGGUUAAAGGGUUACUCCACCCCAAAAUGAAUAUUUUCAUUUUUACUCCCAUGUCGAUCCAAACCCAUAAAAGCUUUGUUGGUCUUUGGAACACAAUUGAAGAUAUUUUAGAUAUCUGUCCCACUGACCGCCAACUUGUGCCGAGUAAACAACACUGACAAGGUCCAGAAAAGUAUGAAAGACAUUCUGAAUAAUAUCUGAACAGUCCAUCUGCCAUCAGUGGUUCAACCGUAAUGUUAUGAAGCGACGAGAAUACUUUUUGUAUGCAAAGGAAAAAAAAUGACAAUAAUUCGUCAGUGAUUGCAUAUGGACUAUUCUGACAAAGCCUUUCAUAGUUUUCUGGACCUAGACAGUGUAAUGUACUGAACAGUCACUGGGACAGAAACAAGCCUCAUCCAAAAUAGUGCUCUACAGACGAACAAAGCUUCAACGGGUUUGGAACGAUUUGGGGGUAAGUUAUCAAUGACUACAUUUUCAUUUUAGAAUCAUUGCUGUUUUAUAAAUAAAUUUGUAUUGACAUUU